GAAGCCUUCAGGAAGAUGGGGAGCAAGGCCCUGCCAGCUCCCAUCCCCCUGCACCCAUCGCUACAGCUUACCAAUUACUCCUUCCUGCAGGCAGUGAACACCUUCCCCGCCGCAGUGGACCACCUUCAGGGUCUCUACGGUCUCAGUGCUGUGCAGACCAUGCACAUGAACCACUGGACGCUGGGGUACCCCAGUGUGCACGAGAUCACCCGCUCCACCAUCACGGAGAUGGCGGCUGCGCAGGGCCUCGUGGACGCUCGCUUCCCCUUCCCUGCGCUGCCCUUCGCCACUCACCUGUUCCACCCCAAGCAGGGAGCCAUCGCCCACGUCCUGCCAGCCCUACACAAGGACCGGCCCCGCUUUGACUUUGCCAACUUGGCGGUGGCCGCCACGCAAGAAGAUCCGCCUAAAAUGGGAGACCUGAGCAAGCUGAGCCCGGGGCUGGGGAGCCCCAUCUCGGGCCUCAGUAAACUGACUCCGGACAGAAAGCCCUCCCGAGGGAGGCUGCCCUCCAAAACGAAAAAGGAGUUUAUCUGCAAAUUUUGCGGCAGACACUUUACCAAAUCGUACAAUUUGCUCAUUCACGAGAGGACCCACACGGACGAGAGGCCGUACACCUGUGACAUCUGCCACAAGGCAUUUCGGAGGCAAGAUCACCUACGGGAUCACAGGUAUAUCCAUUCCAAAGAAAAGCCCUUCAAAUGUCAGGAGUGUGGGAAAGGAUUCUGUCAGUCUAGGACUCUGGCGGUUCACAAAACUUUACAUAUGCAGGAAUCUCCACACAAAUGUCCCACAUGUGGAAGAACCUUUAAUCAGAGAAGUAAUCUGAAAACUCACCUUCUCACCCAUACAGACAUCAAGCCCUACAGCUGCGAGCAGUGCGGCAAAGUGUUCAGGCGAAACUGUGAUCUGCGGAGGCACAGCCUGACUCACACCCCGCGGCAGAACUUCUAG